AUGUCUACAAACCUCUCAGCCAGCGACCUCUUCAACGUCAACGGCAUGGUAGCCGUCAUCACAGGAGGCGGAACUGGCAUCGGGCUAAUGAUGGCCAAAGCCCUAGCAGCCAACGGCGCCCACCGCAUCUACAUCGUGGGCCGCCGUCCAGACGUCCUCCACUCGGCCGCCAAAAGCAUCAACCCAGAAACCGUCAUUCCACUCCCCGGCGACGUCACCUCUCGCGAAUCUCUCCUCUCAAUCGCAAAGCACGUCGAGACCGAAACAGGCUACAUCGACCUCCUCAUCUGCAACGCCGGCAUCAUGGGCCCUAAGCCGCUCAAAGCAGCACCAGGAUGCGCCGCGCCGUCAGUCGCAGAGUACGCAGCACACGCGCUCGAGACGCCAAUGGCCGACUUUACAAACACGUACGCGGUCAACAACACGGCGGUAUAUUAUACGGCGCUGUCCUUCCUCACGCUCCUCGACGCGGGGAACGGUAGGAAAACCGCCCACACUGAUGUCCGUUCUCAGAUUAUAACGACAUCGAGUAUCGGCGGUUUCUCGCGUUUACCCGGCGCGUCAUUCGCUUAUAAUAGCAGUAAAGCGGCUGUUACGCAUAUGACCAAGAUGCUGGCUACGGCGUUUGUGCCUUACGGUAUCCGUUGUAAUGUACUUGCACCGGGCAUUUUCCCGUCAGAGCUCGCGAUGGGCAUUAUUGGGUCGUUGGAGAAGGGACCCAAUGGGGAGAUACAAUUCCUCGCUGAACCCUUCCACCGCAUGUUCUUCCUCGACAACCUCUCCAUCAACUACCCGCACGCAGAGCACGAACGCGUCCCCGUCUCCUGGCUCUUCAUCUACGCGGGCGCCGUGCCCCUCGGCGUCCUUAUCGCCUGGGCCCUUGUCCUGCGCCCCGGAACACACAAAGCGCACGUCACGAUCCUUGGCUGGUUCAUCAGCAUGAUCCUUACCAUGUUCAUAACGGAUGUGAUUAAGAACGCUGUCGGUCGUCCUCGUCCCGAUCUCAUCGCGAGAUGCAAACCCGCUCCUGGCACGCCCGCCCACCAACUCGUUACUUUUGACGUCUGCACCGAAACGGAUCACCAUGUUUUACACGACGGGUGGCGCAGUUUUCCCAGCGGACAUAGUAGUUUCUCCUUCAGCGGACUCGGCUACCUCGCCCUCUUCAUCGCAGGCCAAUGCCACGUCUACCGCCCACGCGCGGACCUCGCUCGCGUCCUCCUCGCUCUCGCGCCCCUGCUCGGCGCAGCGCUUAUAGCGAUUUCCCGUUGUGAAGACUACAGGCAUGAUGUUUAUGAUGUUAGUGUGGGAUCGGUGUUGGGUAUGGCUGUGGCGCAUUAUACGUAUAGGAGGUAUUAUCCUGCGCUGAGGAAUCGGGGGUGUGCGGAGCCGUUUCCUAAUCCCGCGGAUGAGAAGGGCUGGGGGAAGGUCAAGGGGGAUGAGGAGAGUUUGAGGAAUGCGGAGGAGUUUGAGUUGAGUGAUCUUGAGGAAGGGGAUGAGGAGGGGAGGAUGUUGAAUGGGCGGCGGUGA